AACGAUAUAUCAUUUCGUGAUGAAAUAGUCCUCCCGCUUCCUUAAGCUGAGUUGCAAAGCAGACGCAGCAAGAUGAACAUGAACUGUUCCAGGGAUCAUAGUUCAGAGCGGAAACAAAAGAUUUUACCGUGGAUCACGAUGAUUAUUGGAUUGACUUUGACCACUUUCGUGGUCAUUCUUUUGACGCAGCUGAUCAACUUAUCUCGAAACGUGGACGUUUCGAGAAGGACAUUAAGCGAGAUGUCCGGCCGCCUCCAGAAAAUCCAGAAAGAGAACGACGAGAUGAAAAAAGAGCUACGAAACACCAAGUCGAAGAUUGAAAAGCUAUUGAGAAGGUUUCCUAGCCCUCAAAAGGUUAUUACACGUGAAGUUGACAAUGGGAAAUUGUGCUUUAAGAUAGCAGUUUACAUGCACAAUAUCUUCCCAUGCAUUGGCUGAUUAUAACCUUUAACUAAUUGUGCAAUUUGUCUUACAUAUAUUUUGUUUCUGUCUCUACACACUGUAGGUCUCAGCUCAAGUGCGCAGAACGACUCGGGCGCAGGGUGCAGGACGUAAGUCAUUAUUGCACGUAUUUCAUGUUUAGUAGUUUUGUCCUUCGUCACUUUCACGUACCAUGUUUGUUUUGAGUGUGCGGUUAUGCAAUUAACGACAAAGUUCACUGCUUAAAGACCUUGUUAACAAUAAUCCAUGCUAGCCCAAAACAAAUGUCAGCUUAUCCCAAAUUUAUUUCUUGUAUUCGUUUUUAAAUCUCCAUGUAUUGACGCACUAAUGGACUGGUAAUGAGGGUAGCACAAUGUAAAGUUUUUCAUGUUGGUCAGUAGUGCGUGCAACACACGGAUCUCUCUACUUCCGUGUCAGCGUUAGAACAUCUUUUUUAUCAAUAAACAAGCAUAUUUUAUUUCACGUACUAGUUUACUGGCGGAUACGAGGUCAAUGAAGGAUAAGACAUAUGACAAAAAUGAUAUUGAUUUUAAGGGUUUUAGUUCAUGAAGUUUUGAUAACAAAAUCUAUUUUCACUUAACUGUAACGUUAGAUGAGGCACUAUGAUCUAAUCACCAUGGGAUUGGAAGUCUUGAGGGUAACUCAUAACACUCGGUGGGGUGCAGUAUACUAAAGAUGAUUUUUGGUGUGUGGGCUGGAAUGCCCGGCACCGACUGCUUUAUCCUUGGGUUAGCUCAAACCACUGUCGUCAUCUUGACAUGCUGACAAAGCAAUCAACACUAACAGAACUUGCAAAAAGUUUUAUUACUGUUGAAGUACCAAGGGAUGUAUCAGUACGUUGCUCAAGGCCUUCUAUUAAAAUUGUGGUAUUCUUGCUAUUGACGUUCAUUCAAUCACGGUAAAUUUAAAAACUGAAUAUCACAAGACUUACCAAGGGAAAGUGCUGCUUUAAACUCCAACUUGAACUGUCACCUGUAUACUUAAAGGUUAUCACCACCGAGCGUAACAAAAAGCGUCCGUUACAGAGUAGUUUUCAUUUGAAUUGUUAAAUCUCUAUUAAGUUUUACGUUCACUAACAGUCAAAUUUUAGAUCAUUACCUUAUAACAACAAACCGCAUGACCACAGUCAUUUAAGUGUUGGUCGCCUAAAGCUUUCAUUUAACCCGCAGUUCAUAGAAGUUCUGGCACUGAUAUACAAACUCAUGCAGAGUCCCAUGCUAAAAAAACCUCUGCAUUGUAAACCAUUUAAAAUAAAAGUAAAGAACUGAUUAGUAACUUGUAAUGUCCAAGGAGAACCUUAACUUUGAUCAGUAACUUCGUUUCAUCAUGUUUAAUUACAUAAAAAAUAAUAAACUAAAUCCGCUUUGUUUUGUGUAAGGAAUUACGAUCAUGAAGUACCUCCGCGAAUUUAGUUGUUUUUCUCUUCUUUGCCAUUCUUGAAAACCCGGCGGUUGUCACAGACAACGCCCAUCAGUACACGAAUUAUUUCAUCAAUAUACAUACUCCUUUUUAAAGGCGGACAGCCGAGAGUUAGUUGUACUCCUUGUACCCUAUAACUCUUCAACAUUGCGUCGAGAAUAGUUCGCUAACAAAAGCUUUCAUGUGACUGGACACACUAAUUUUUAGCAUUAGUAUUCUUCCACCUACUCAAAAGUUAGAAAAAUACAAAAUAUUUAUUAGCACAGCAGAUUAGAACUACCUUUGCUAUAAGUCCUGUACUAUUUUUGUAAGAUAUGAGUCAUUGCUUGCAAGUUCAAUUUUAAUGGGAAUAUUGUACGCCGGUUUUACAGAAGAUAAUAAAUAACGUCGCGUCAAAACACCUUUCAUUUUAAUGUUUAGAAAAAUUCACUAUGCUUUAAUAGAGACUGAUUCAUUUAAAGCUUAAAAGCUUCUUGUUGCAACGUUUUUCUGUAGCUGAUUGCUCCAUCUCCCUUCAAGCUGUAAUCACCAUUAAGAACAGAACCUAGGGAUUCAAGGUGCUGCUCAGAUGGCUUGAAUCAUUUUGAUGACACCUUAGGAUCAGUCAAACACAAACUCUAACAAAAGUCUAACAACCAUCUUUUAUAACAUAGCUAGAAUAGUCGCCAAAUCAAAUUCAAUAGCACGAGCGUGCUUCAUAUUCCCAUUGAGCACGCUAAUGACAUCAAUAAUUAAUACCUCGAGUUCUUGUGAGCUUAGCAAUCCUCCCAAGACGUCUCCCAAGUGCAUCCAUGACUCAACAAUACACGAUGAAGCGUUAACCAUGUGUUUUGUAAGGUAAAUUUAAGAGAAAACAUUUGAAUUUGUUAACCGAUAGUAGGGAAAAGAGGAGAGUGUUGUUGUUGUUGUUGUUGUUGUGGUCAUCUUUUAUGACGGCAAACCUUUCAAUUUUUAUGGAUUUAACAAUCUUGGAUUUAAAUCUUGAGUAAACUUUCUCUCAGUUUCAAGACAAAACCAUAACUGUGAGGUAAAAAAAAUAUAGUCACGUAGACGCUGACGCGUGCUGCUUUGAGCGCGCGCCACAAUAAUAGAAAUCUAAGUUAACUGCCGCUUUGAUCGCUUUGAAAAUGUUACAAAACAAUUAUUUCAUGCUUCAGCCGUGUGUAUGCCAUGUGUAUGUCGAGAUAUUGAGCACUUGGGAAGUUUGGAGAGCACUCAAAAGGCUAGAGUUGCUCUCGGCUGCGCCUCGAGCAGCUCUUACGCCUCUUUCGUGCUCUCUAAACUUCCCGAGUGUUCAAUAUCUCGACAUACCACAGUAAAGUUCUGCUGAAUAGCUUUCAUUUGAAUGCUCACUCUUUAGGAUUUCAUUCACAGACUCCAGCAAAAAUGAGAACCACUUUUACAGUAUGUUGGACAAUAACAUAGGAAAAUACUUCUCCUUAAUUACAGUAUUUCAUCUACAGAGUUAAAAUGGCUCUGUUGAAGCACCUUGUACAGUAUGAGAAAAAGAACCAGAAAAAAGUGGUUCUCAGUAGCUGAGGGAUUUCAUUCAAAGGAUCAAAGUUUAGACUGAAUCAUCGCUUGUGUAGAAUGAUAAAGAAUACCAUGGAAAAACGAACUGCUAAGUAGGUAGUUAUUACGGGAUUUCACCCGUAACUUACCUUCAAAAAGAAUUAUCUACACAAUAGCUUUCAUUUAGUUAUGCUGUGAUCAGGUUCUACUGAGUCUAAUGUUACCAAACUACUAGGAGAUGUGCUGCAGCACGUUUACGUUCUACGUGUCAUCCAAUUAUGAAAGAGAAAGAAAGACGAAAAGACAACUCGAGUCUUCAUUCUCUUAAUUCAGACUUAGUGCCGAGUUGUUUUCAUAGAAGGCUUGUCUGCUCAUGCAGAGGCCGAUGCCGUGUGCGCCUUUGACUUUUCGCCUAGUUUAACAUGAGGGUUUUAAAUAACUUCAGUCUGAAGAAGAAAGUACUGUUGUUGUUGUUUUUCAAAUCGCUCGACCUCAGUUCAAGUUACGCGGUAGACUACUGUCAAAUGACUGCAAUAUUUAGAAGGGGAACAAAACAGGUUUCUCAUUUAGUAGUACGUACACUUAAUUGGGGGCUGACGAUGUAUUUUUCUUAUUUCAAACUUUAUGUUAGACUUUUGUGUCAUGCUCAGUAAAAAGGGCGGGAAUUUAUAGCUGUGUACCAUUUUACCAUUAAUACAGCAUGUUGGAAGGCACCUUUUGUCUCACAAUGCUUUCCCUAUGAAGGGUGGAGAAUAAUGCAGUCUGACCCCGUGAAUAUGGAUACUGAGGGGCAUAGAAAGUGUCUAUAUCAACAGGGUUUCCGUAUUAAGUGUGUUGAAUUUAGAGAAAAUGUACGGCCUUUCUUUCCUCAGGGACAAAGCAAACGUUCCGUAAUGACGAGGUGUCUGUAUUAAGCGGGUGUUCGUAAAGCGACGUUUGUAGUAAGCAAAAAUAAAAUAGUGAACAAGAUAACAUCUUGGAGGCGAAAAGCGAUUUCCACUUCUUUAUAAUCAUGUUUUCAGGGCGUCGAAUAAAAGUAUAUAUCUCUAUUUCUGCUGUUCACAUCAAUUUUUACCUUUCUUAGAUAUUCUGAAACAGAAUAUCACGUGUCUAGUGACUACUUUAUAAAAUUCUCCAAUGAAAGCUUAUAAGACUAUCGAAGAUAAAAAUAUAGAAUAUUCCCAAGCAAUUCAUUUGGCAGGACGGAAAUCAUGUCUUUUAUAAAUUGAUCGAGAAGACGCACAAAUGUGUUGAUGAGUUACAUCUUCGAAGCUUUUGUUGUGUCUAAAAAAAGACAAAAACAACAUACAACAUCCUUCCUCCAGGAGCUGAUAAGCGGAAAACGGAAAGAUAUAUUUAUUGGUUUGUAGCCAGCAUUGAUAAGGAGCAACGAUCAGUUUCAUCUCUUUAAUUAGUGAUGGUAACUCGACUGAGUGGAGUCCAAUUCGGUCUGUAAUCAUGCGAGUGAUUAACAAAAUCGGACGACCGCGUAGCGGGAGUCCGAUUUGUUUGAUCACGAGUAUGAUAACAGACCGAAUUGGACGACACGAAAUUCUGUUACCAGUUAAUCAUAACUCCAAAAUUUGCGCUAUAUAAGGCUCUUUUUUAAAUCAAAACAUAAGAAUAUCCAAGAUUUUUUUUUGGUAGCAGUCGCGCGCUUGAUAGUGCGUUCUGUGCUAUGAAACUGUCCUAUUAAUAAUGGUAAUUGAACCGAGUGGAGUGCAAUUUGGUCUGAAAUCAUACGCGUGAUUUCAAAAUCGAAAGAGCGCGCAGCGCGAGUUCGAUUUGAAAUCACAAGUAUGAUUUCAGACCAAAAUUGCACGACACGAAGUUCAAUUACCACUUUAUUACUUCCAUUUUGAAAUCGCAGAAUUUAGUCAGUACUAAUAUUUUAUUGAUCAAGUAGCCGGUCUGUUAAAAAGUCGAAACAACAAGGCUUUUACAUCUCAUUUUGUAUUCCAAACAGAAAUGAUGCGAUAUAGAACAAAAAUGGUGCGAUUUGAAAUAGAAAUGAUGCGAUUUAGAACAUGAAUGACGCAAUUUGGAACAGAUGCGAUUUAGAGCAAAAAAUGGUGCGAUUUAGGAAUAAAUCCCACUGCUGAGAGCCAAUCAGAUUGCACGGAUAGCCAGUGAUUUCAAAGUGGAUGUAAUAAAGGCUGAAAUCAGGGCUAUUGAUAGCCAAUCAGAUUUGAGAAUUUUGUCAUAGUUAUGAUUAAUGAAUCAAUUCUAAUUCUAAUGAAUGGACCCUGCACUGUCUGAACGAACAGCGUCGAUCGAUCUACUUUUAACUCAGCUUAGUGGGUGAUUUGAAAUGAUUCAAUACUCACGGAAGGAAGGAAAUGAUAAUUAAUCUUGUCGGGACAACAAAGAUGGGUUCCUGCAAUAAUUGACCAAGUAGCACGUUCGAUUGUAGUUAAAAAUAAUUCUUUCCCAAAGUAUUCGGUUCACAUCCGAUCUCCGCAUGUACGUUGAAACCUCCACUGGAAAGACUCCCCCAAUAUCUGUUUGAUACUUACUUUAGAUCACGUUUGUUUUUGUCUCUUUCUUUUUCGGCCACGCCCUAAGGAAAAUGUUAAAAUGUGCUUAUUAAAUCGUGGCAAAUCUAGUCAAAGAAUCUUUUAAGUGCUUUUAAAGUGCGUUUUUUCGGUUUCCAAUACUGAAGUCGCGAUUGCUGUUCAGUCAGGUUAGCACAACUGGUUUUGCGAAACUGUCAUGCCACUCCAUUUCUAUACCUGAGGUGGCGAGUGGCAAUGAGGUCUUUUCACAAAUUUUUGACCAGUUUGGAGAGUUUCGCUGCCUGGUUUAUUUAAACAUUGCUCUAGGUCUCGCAGUGUUGAAGGUGCCUAGUGGUCUCGGAUCCCUGAUUUUCUUGGAGAAUCAGGCUGCUGUUUUGACAACAUCAGCUCCGCCGUAAUUUUAUCGUGUUUAAAUAAAUGUUGUUGUAGUUGUUGUUGUUGUUGUGAUGGCACGAGUUCAAUAAACUUUGUACUUGAUAGAGUACGUUUCUGUGGGAUAGCUUUGUUGAGUGCAACGUUGAUUUUACCAAAUAGUUAAAAACGAAUCAUAUUUUUAUAAUCGCGGUACUUCUGGUCACUUCUCGCUAGUCUUCCUUGCCCAGCGGUUUCGCGUCCGUAGAAAACGCUUCAUUUGAAUAGUGAACGUUCGCCUCGCACUGGAGAGUCUAAGUAGGUAUACGACAAACGGCAAACGUCAGAUUCAAGUUGAGAAUUUCUCAAAAUAGAAAAUGAGCAGAUAAAAACAGCUCAAAACAGUUCUCAUGGAUAAAAAAUUGCGUGAAACUGCGAAUUUAUGUGUAGAAAUAAUGAACAGUAAACGACAAGUAAAAGGCGAACUUGGUCACGUGGUACAAGUCCUCUCUUGCGCAAACUUGACGCUUAACCUCUUUGUUAAGUUUCGCCUCCCAUAAACGUAGUUUUCCCAUCUUUUAAAAGCCAGCAUGAAUUUGUCAAUAUUCUGACAUUGUUUAUCAAUUUAUAGAGGAGCCCAUCUAUACAACGUUAAGGAAUCAUUUAUUUCUCUGUUCAUAUGGUUUUAGGUAAUCUGCGGCCACAGAACAACAUUACAAGGAAGUGCGCAUGUGAGCCCACAGCAGGUAUCAAUCUUAAGUUACUUUAGUAAUGCUUACCACUUUGACUUAUGCUGUCACAAGGCUAUCCAAAAGUAAUAGUAAGCUUUAGACAUGAAAAAAUAUUUAAGGUUUCCCCUGUUAGGAAAAACAACAUUUUUGCAUGCGCGGGAAACUAAAAGUCAGUAAAUUAUUUUCAAGUUGAAUGAAAUUUUUGAAAGACGCGACAUAUCAGUCAUCCCUAUAAAAAAUGUUGUUGUUUGAUAGUAGACUCGAUCACCAGCCGAUUAAUCGGUGCGCCCACGUUCCUUCGUUGUAGAAAGAGGUUGCAAUCCAGAUUCCCUCAAAAACGGCUGGAAGUCGAGCCUAUUAGUCCUAUGUGUCAGUAGGGACCUUACGAAACUACGACGGCGACUUUAACGGAAACGUCAAAAAAAUGAGCAAAACAACAAUUCUGCACGUGCACCACGUUUUUUUUGUACAUUUCUUUGCCGUCCCUGCACAACUAGGACAUGAAUUGACCAAAUUUCAAGUUUACUUGG